UCCUCACUUGGAGGGCACAGCGGUGGAACCCCGGCAAGUACAUCACCACCUGUUCCGUCGGCUGCGCCGUCGGCAGCGCCAUCGGCUGCGACGAUCAGGCCGACGGCUUCCACCACGCCUGGCGCAGCCCCGCCUCAAGGGCCCAGUAGUGGGAACGAGCAACGUGCAUCCCCAACUCGUGAUACAACAGCGACCGCGGGAAAGGAGGUUCGUACAGAGCCACCUUUGUUCGACUGCUGGCCCCUCCCUAGUUUGAGGCAGGAGGCCACGCGGGAGGCUGGCCGGAGGAAUGCGUUGAAGUUUGGUCCACUGCCUGAACAAGAGCUUCGACAAAUUUCGAAUGCAAGCAAACAGGAGUUGAUCGACGCACUGACGGGUCGCAUGAAGUGGCGCGCAAGUCUUGGUGUAGAGCCUGAGUGGAAAGGCAUCCGCUGCGGCGUUACGCCGGAGAAGAAGAAGCAGCUGCGGCGUAGUCGACAAACUGGUCAGCCGACACCUAACUCGUCCCAGGCACUAUGCUGUCGGCUGGUGUGCCUAACUUUGCACCCGGAGUUCAAGGACGACUACAUGUGCUUCAGGGGGGGUGGGGAGGGCACAGCGCGCACCGAACUGGACGUACGGGCGACGGGCGCGAAGCACAGGUUUUUCGCCCGGGUUGCCAGGGCGAUGGCGACUCCCACCUGGCGCGACGGCAACGGUAACCCCCUCUCAGUACCCAACGAUCACUCCAAAGACGAGCUCGCAUCGGAGCAUCUGAAGUCUCUCCUCAAGCGGCUGGACCUAGAGGGGGCGGCUAAGUCGCUGCAGGAGGAACUCAGGGGGAAAUUCAAAGGCGAUGAGGGCGCCUUUUAUGCUGAUCUCCAACUGAGAUGUUUCAAUUGGCUGAAAGAAGUACGGGGCAAGCACACGAAAUUCAAGGAGAACGAGCAAAGAAGUGGUGGGGCCGGUGCGGACGCAACUCAGGACGGGGGAUUCGUCAACGCCCGUCAUCCGUUCCAGUUUAUGCGGGGCUCUUUACCGACAAUGCUCUGGGAGGACGGUAUCGAGCUCUCCGGCGGAGGCGACGACGAGACAUACCGCCCCGGCGAUAUCGUCCUCCCCGAUGGACACCCAGGCUCAGGCAGCAGCGUGCCGGGUGGACCCGGGGUCCGAGGGAGAGGUGAGGCGACACCCGCCCGUUCCUCUGGCAACACCAACUCUCGGAAGCACAAGAAACCCAAGACGGGUUCCGAUGACAGGGCGGAGCUGGUAGCCGACACGAAGGAAGUGAUCGCCUUGUGGCGCAAAGCAGCGGAGCAGGAAGUACGGGGAGACAAACCUGCUUUCGGUGAUAUAGAGAAGGACCGAGCGAAGGACCUUGCCAUGGAGGGAUUCAUCGACGAUGUUCAGAGGCUCCAAGCAAAGGUCGAUUCUGCAUCAUCGGACUUUUUGCGGGAGAAAUAUCAGAAAUUGUUGGAUGCCGCUGAAGCGCGAGUGGCACGGGCUGAGCAGAGCAGCGACGAGGCGGCUAUGGCAUCAUCGAGCGCCGCGGCCGCGCCCCCACCGUUAUCGAGUCCUGCUGCGCCAUCUACGCCUGCAGCGGUCGAAGGAGGAACGGUCCAUGUGAUGUAGGAUCUCCAUGGGCUUCCGGGGCGCACGCCCGUGGAUGAUUUGCCGGCGAUGGCACGGGCCUUGGCGCGUACAGGCGACGGGGGUGGGGCUUGAGUACUGGUUGCGCGGGCGAGAGGCGGGGAUGGAUGGUGGGGGGAUACAGUCUUUGGUGGGAGCACCCUGGCUGGAAACCUGCGGGCGACUGCGCGGGUGUUGCCGUAACAGUCCACACGGGGGCGCAGGGGCAGUGGGGCGUGUGUGUUUCGGAGUGAGCGGCAACAGCAGGACGAGAACAGAAUGUAAGCGCACAUGUUGAAUGCUCCCCGAGCCGUGAGGGAUGCUGUGUUUUUGAAGUUUCAAACGUGGGGGGAGUCUUUGAUCUGUGUUCUACGCAAAGGCGUUUGCCGGCAUGGGGGUUGCGCGGGGCUGAACCGUUCAGUAAACGCAACACCACGCGCCAACACCAGUUAUUUUUCAUUAUCUACUCAUUUUCUAUUUGUGGAGAGGGAUGCACCAGAGCAAGAAAUCUUGGGGGGGCAAUACCUGCCCGGACAUGGCGAAGAGUCACUUCGCUUGGAAGUUGCUCCGUAGCUACUUGAUACAGUAGGUUGUUCCCACUUAAAUAGUUGCUUCCCGGGGGAAUCAAGGACUUGGCUUUCCCAACCGAUUUUUUUUUUUGCUGAUUCUGGGGUGGGUGGAAACUACUGCUGUACGUGGGCACGAAAAAAGAGGCCUUUUUGUGACUGCUGUUGACCUCGCCAAGUGUUGAACAACCCACAUGGCUCGUCGGACAACCACAUAUGAUUUUGUUCAGAUUGAUUUCAUAAGGUCCGCGUACUCCUGUCAACCAUGGCAUUGGGAGGUGAUGCAUGUUUUUUUUAUGAGUGUGAGGUGCAACGAUUCUUCACGCGGCAAGCGACGAGACUCCUUCCCCCUUUUGGCGAAGAUAUCGCACACGUGAUGAAAUAUUCGGAGUGUUUCCGGAAAUAUUGUAACUCCCUCCGACUCCUUCAGAUUUGGCUAAACAGCAGCAAGAAGUGGAGCUACAGUAUUAUGACAGGGCAUUGCGAUGCUUUCACGCACGUCGGGUUUUCCCUCGAAGGAGGACAUUUGUUUAGUUGUUCUCAUGUUUGGUUCAAGGUUCUGCGGAUCCUCUUAUCAUUUCCAGACGUUUAACAUUGUGACAUGUUUUGGAAUGACGGAUGCGUCAAAAUGACAGCAGUUCCGUCCUAGAGGAUCAUAUUAUCACCGAGACCUUGCUUGUGCUCUGCUGGGUGGAAAGGUCCUGUGAGAGGCUACUCUUCUUAGCGUGUGUGUG